UGUUUUUUUUCAUAAAGUCGGCAGAAGCACAUGUUUUACGCAUGCAUAUUUUGACAGUGAUAAUUACACUUUUUUUGCUAUAAAUAAUUUAUACAAAUUACUAAAAAAUUUACAAAAUGAUUAUUUUUACUAAUGAUAAUAACCCCAAUGUACUCAAAUUAGUUAUUGUAUCAAAAGUAAAACAACAUUCGUACACUGUAAAAAAUGUUGCUCCAAAAGACUCGUCUGAUAAAUUACCUUUUUUAAAACUUCCUUGUGGAACAAAGAUAGACAGUGUAUCAGCUGCAAUUCAGUACCUUUGGUCGAAUGAAAAUCAAGAAAUUGAUAUUUUUGUCAAUCAAUGGCUUGAAUGGGACUCUACUCAGCUACAACCAACUUUAAUUGCUUUUGGAAGCUCUGGAUCGUACGAUAACUCGCAUAAACCAAAAGUAUGGUCUUUGUUAAACAAUUUAAAUUUGAGAUUAUCAUCGAAUAAAUUUUUAGUUGAAAAUGAUUUAACAACGGCUGAUGUAUCAAUUUGGGUUACGUUAUGGAUGACAGUUGCAGCAACUGAUAUAAUAAAUAAAAUUCAAACUGAAUUCAAUUACAUUGAAGAGUGGAUGAAAAAUAUGGAACAAUUAUCAAUAGUCCAGGAGACUUUAAAUGAAUUUAAAAUCGAAAGAGGUUUCAAAUCUCUAUUAAGUAUGAAUGCAGUAUCUUGGUUUCCCGUUAAUUCAUAUAAUUAUGAAAAAACGCGCAAAUUAACAAAUAAUGAGGAAAAUCAAUCAAAUGCUUCGAAAGAAAAAGAAUUAGAAAUAAUAACGCCACAAGAAAUUGAAAGUAUAAAAAAACAAUGGGAUUCACCUACACCAUUAUCAAUGAUACAACCUCCACAUACGGUGUUACCGAAAAAAGGAGAACGUAAUAUUCUGAUAACAUCAGCACUUCCUUAUGUCAAUAAUGUUCCACAUUUAGGCAAUAUAAUUGGUUGUGUUCUUUCUGCUGAUAUAUUUGCAAGAUAUUGUCGUCAAAAGAAUUAUAAUACAUUGUAUAUUAGUGGUACUGAUGAAUACGGAACGGCAACAGAAGCUAAAGCUUUCCAAGAAAAAAUGACUCCGAAAGAAAUUUGUGAUAAAUAUUUUGAUAUUCAUAACGAUAUAUAUCGUUGGUUUAACAUUGGAUUUGACUAUUUCGGUAGAACAACAACAACCGAACAAACUGAGAUAGUUCAAAAUAUGUUUUUAAAAAUAAAAUCAGAAGGCUAUAUUUUAACAGAUUCAAUUGAUCAAUUAUUUUGUGAAAGUUGUCAAAAAUUUUUAGCUGAUCGUUUUGUUGAAGGAUUAUGUCCGAGAUGUAAAUAUCCAGAUGCUCGAGGUGACCAAUGUGAUGGUUGUGGGCAUUUAGUUAAUGCCACUGAACUCAUUAACCCACGAUGUAAAAUUUGUAGUAAAACACCUAUUAUUCGAUCAUCAACACAAUUUUUCCUCGAUUUGCCAAAGAUUGAGUCAAAAUUGAGAAACUGGGCAUCAGAAGUUAAAAAAGGCUGGUCGUCUGUGGCUCGAUCAGUCGCAAAACCAUGGCUUCGUGAUGGAUUAAAACCUCGAUGUAUUACUAGGGAUCUAAAAUGGGGAAUCCCGGUACCCCUUGAAAAUUAUCGUAACAAAGUGUUUUAUGUUUGGUUCGAUGCUCCAUUAGGUUACAUUAGUAUUACUAAAAAGUAUACUGAUCAAUAUGAGCAGUGGUGGAAGCCAGAAAAUGAUGUGAAUGUUAAUUUGUAUCAAUUUAUGGCUAAAGAUAACGUUCCGUUCCAUGCUAUUAUGUUUCCGGCUACACUUCUUGCUGCAAAUCAAAAUCAUGUUCUUGUCAAACAUAUAAUGGCUACUGAAUAUCUUAAUUAUGAAGAUACUAAAUUUUCAAAAUCACGUGGAACUGGUGUUUUUGGUAAUGAUGCAAAAGAAACUAACAUUCCUGCUGAUGUAUGGCGAUUUUAUUUAGCUUAUAUUAGACCGGAAACUCAAGAUUCUAACUUCAAUUGGUUAGAUCUUGCUACGAAAGUUAAUUCCGAAUUGUUAAACACUUUUGGCAAUUUUGUUAAUAGAGCAUUAGUGUUUCUUGAAAAUAAUUUUGCCUCUCAAAUACCAGAAAUAAAAUUACGUGAUGAAGAUGUAAACUUAUUAGCAUUAAUUCAGCGUGAAUUGACACAAUACAAUGCUUCUAUGGAAGAAGCAAAAAUGAGAGAUGCUUUGCGUCAUAUAUUAACAAUUUCGAAACUUGGUAACCAAUACAUGCAAUCUCAACAACCGUGGGUUCAAAUCAAGGGGAAUGAUAAUGAUAAACAAAAUGCUAAAACAGUAAUUGGCCUUUCUUGUAACUUGGUUUGUUUACUUUCAUCUCUAAUAGCUCCUUUUAUGCCCAAUAUUUCGCGAAAUUUACGAUCACAGCUAGGAAUUGAUGCAUCAACUUAUGGUUAUAUACCAGAAAAAGUAUCAAUUUUAUUAUCUUCAGGGCAUAAAGUUGGUAAACCAUCACCUCUUUUUACAAAAAUUGAUGAAAAACAAGUAGAACAAUUGCGUAUCAAAUAUAGUGGACAACAACAAAAUGAAAUAGAUCAAAAAUCAGAAAGCUGUCCAGAACACGACAUUUCAUCCCUGGAAUCUCUUAUAAUGAAACAGGGUAAUAUCGUAAGAGAAUUGAAAAAAAAAGAACCCAAAACUGUAUGGCAACCGCAAGUUAAAAUUUUAUUGGAUUUAAAAGAAAAGCUGUCUAACUUGCAAAAAAAGAAAUGAAUAAUUUAUGAGAAAGUAAUUAUCAAUUGAAUAGCCCAUUAUUUAUUUAUAUAAAAUCACUGGGAAUAAUAAUUUAUUUUUUUCUCAAAUAUUUAUUUUUUAAUAUUCUGGUUUUCCUACUCUGUAAAGUGAACCAGUCUUUUUACAAAUCAUUUCAUCAUCAGUCGGAAUCAUAUUUUUCAUUAAUGGCAUAAAUUGUUCAAAAGGACACAAAAUUGUGCAUCCAGGUAUUUUUAAAUCUUCCAACUCUGACUCUGAAGGUAUUCCUUUAUAAUAUCGUAUCUAAAGUAACGAAUAAAAAUAAUAAAUUAAUUAAUUUCAAAACA